AUGAAUUUGAUGCGCAAAUUACGAGGUGCCUCCGCCUCGGCUUCUUCUGAAGCUGCCGAGGCACCCAGUUCAUCGUCUCACAUGCAGUUGGGUCUCAUGCACCUCAAAAAACUUUUUGCUGAGUAUACACAUCCGCCCCAACCUUUGACUGAAGCUGAAAAAGACGAUAAAUUGUACAAUAUGCUACCACUGUUUUGCAAGGUAUUUGGAACUAGUCCGUCAAGUGAGAUGAAUGAAAAGUUUUGGGACAUAUUGUCUUUCUGCCAGCAAGUUGCUAAGCUUAUGGUAUCGGAGAUAAGAAAAAGAGCAAGUAAUCAAAGUACAGAGGAAGCGAGCUGUGCCAUUGCUAAAUUCCUAGAAAUAGAAAACUCAGAGGAAUCAAGUAAUGGUUGGAUGCUGCUUUCUACUUUAAAUCUCUUGGCAGCCGGUGAUCAGUCAUUAAUUCAGGUCAUGACUACUGCAUCAAUACCUUCAACUUUAGUCAAAUGUUUGUAUUUAUUUUUUGACCUUCCUGAAAUACCUGAAUCGGAAGCAGAUGUUCAAGAUGGAAAUAGUGAGUUUACACCCAGGGAAAGAAGGAUUUUAUUGCAGAAAAUAUUUGUACAGGUACUGGUGAGAUUAUGUAGUCAUCCAUUUCCUUGUGAAGAAUUGGCAAGGAAAGAUGAUUUGAGUUUGUUAUUUUCUGCAAUAACAUCAUGGUGUGCACCAUACAAUAUUAUGUGGCGGAAGUCUGCAGCUGAAAUAUUAAUGACGCUAUCCAGGCAUGGAUUAACACAAUCUGUGGUACAAUAUAUACAUAAUAAAGGGUGUGUAGGACUCUGUAUAGAAAAUAUGCAAAAAAUACCAGAGUUGACUCCCUUAGAGGUAGUAGAAAUGUUUGUGGCAGUUUUUUGCUUCUUGAAAGAUUCAAGUGAUGUCAGUCAAUUACUACUUGAUGAUUUUCGUUCCUGUCAAGGAUAUUUAUUCCUUUCCGAGUUCCUUCUGAAACAUGAAACUCCAGAUGUACCUGAUUAUUUGACAUCAGGGCUGGAGGAGGAGCGAGUAAGCGGCACGGAAGCUCGCGCGGCGCUCCGUAAUCUGGUACUAAUGGUAUCGUCGCUGUGCGCAUGUGGAUUCUCUGAGCUGCGCCCCACACGGGUCCCUACAGAAUUAUUUCAACUGCAGGGAUUCGUGCUCCCGCAGCCCUCCACGCCGGGACAGGCGGUUAGGAAUGUACAGGCUUUUCAGGUUUUACAGUCUGUAUUUAUAAAGUCCAAUUCGCCGGCUCUGUGUUGUACGAUAUUAGAUGCCAUAUCAAGUGUUUACCACGCCGACAAUGCGAAUUAUUUCAUACUUGAGAACCAGAACACACUUAGUCAAUUUUCAGAAGGCAUACACACCAAGAAUGCAGAAAUUCAAGAAAAAUUCUUUGAGCUUUUAGAGUUCAUUGUUUUUCAGCUAAAUUUUGUGCCAUGUAAAGAGUUAAUAUCUCUAUCCCUUUUGUUAAAAGCUAAUAGGUCAAGGAACUGUAGCAUAUUAUGUAUGAAGACACUAUUAAAUAUUUUAAAACACAAUGCUAUAUUCAAAGAAGUCUAUAGAGAAGUUGGCAUGCUUGAGGUAUUUGUGACUUGCCUCUCUCGUUAUGCAGUAUUUCUAAAGGAUAAACAAUUAUUAGAGGAGGAAAAAACCAAAAAAGAAACUAGUGAAAUGGAAACAAAUGAGUUACCUAAAGCACCUGAAAGAAAGAAGAGAUUAUCAUCUAAACAAGAUUCUCUCAUAAAGGAUCCAAACAUUGAGACAGAAGAAGAGGAAUUAGGUUCAUUGGUGAUGGAAUGUUUAACAGCACUAUUAAACAGCAAUUCUAAUAAUUGCAAUGUGUUUCGGGACUGUGGAGGUGCUAAAUGCGUUCAUGGGAUGCUUGUGCAUGAAUCAUGUAGAAACAUGGCAUUAGGUGUGAUUCGAGAGCUGAUAGUGAGUGGAUCAGGCGAGGAGGAUAUGGCAGCACUGCUGUGUGGCAUGCAUGCGGCACCCAACGAUGCCCUACUUCUCAAGCUGCAUGUACUUAGGGCGCUGUUGGCCUGCCUCAGGGACUCGCAUCGCACUAGAACCAUAUUUCGAAAGGUCAGUGGCUUCGUAUAUGUAACAAGUGUACUAGUCUCCCUGGAAGGGAAACUGAAAGGAAAUGAAAUAAUGGACCAUGAUAUGCUACAACUCAUACAUAUUGUGUUCUACACAAUCAGUACUGCAAUGAGGUUCGAGCCAGCCAAUGCGAAAUUUUUUCAUCAUGAGAUAUGUAUGACAACAUUAUGUGAUACAAUUCGGCUGCUGGGUUGCUUUACAGAAGAUACAGAAUUACAGAACGACGUUGAAGUUGGCGACAUUGAACUUUAUGAAGUAUUUCAUGAGAUAUUUACUGGGAAUAUUCUGGAAAUGACAUUCCCUGAGAAAGUUCCGGUGGUAUUUGUUCAUGCUUGCAUAGUCUUGCGACUAUUGUAUGAUGUUGCGUUAGAUUCAUUUGACAAGCCUACAUUUUGUGGAUCUUUAAAUGUUAAGUCGCCCAGUUUAACGAGACAAAGUUCUGCCAUUAAUGAGUCCAAACCUGCUGGUCGUACUGCACCUUUAAACCUGUCGUCAAGUGGAGGCACGUCGGGAGAGGCGUGGGUGGUACAUUCUGGUGUGGUCAUAGUACUUGCUAAGUUGUUACCCGCUCUACCACGUCCCCCAGAACACCAGGCAUACGCAUGGGCGAUACGGGAUUACCUUGCUCAUGUACUGAAGAGUCUUGUAAGGAGCGAACGUAAUCAGCAAGUGAUGUGCGGCGCGGGGCUGGCGGGCGUGGUGCUGCGCGUGUGUGGGGCGGCGCUGCGCGGCGAGCGACAUCCGCUGCACGCGCCCGCCAUGUACAUGCUGGAGCGGCUCGCGGCCCACGCGCUGCGGCCCGCCGAGCUCAGAGAAUUUCUACGAAUGGGAAAUCCAUUGAAUUGUGUGGCACCUGAAUCUGGUCAAGUUUGGAAACCCGGAGGACCAGUGCCUCUCACUAGGAUUAAAACUUUAGUGUCAAUGACUACACCUCGUGAUUACAGAUCUCAAAACUCGUGCACACUUCCACCAUUUGUGGAGUUUGAUAUGUCAGCAGAGGGCUUCGGAUGUCUGUACUUACCUAGCAUCGCGCCACAGUCCGCUAAUUUGAAUGCCCUCGGUACACAAGAUAAUGCUACUCUAGGAGGAAUUGGAUCAGGAGACCGAGUGUUUCCGCCACAAACAGGGCUGACGUACUCCACAUGGAUAUGUGUGGAGAAGUACUCGGAACCGCGCACUGACCCGCACUGCGUGCGGCUGCUGACUCUCGUAAGAAACAUCAACAACAGCCGCGACGAACACCUCGUUUGUCUCGCGCUCGUACUCUCCGCGCGGGACAAGGCCAUCAUUGUCUCCACGCAAGAAACCCUCGUGCCACAUAACGUGGGCGAGUGGGAGCCGGAGGGGUCUGGCGAGUGCGGUGCCCGCGUUUGGUGCCCCGAUCUGCAGCACGAGGGCCAGUGGCACCAUCUAGCGCUCGUCCUCAACCGUGCUGUACUCAAGAAUUCCUCCUUCUCACUCUACCUUGACGGUCAGCACAUGCACUCCGGCAAGCUGCACUACGUGAGCGCGAACCCUGGCGGCGGCGCGGCCACGCUGUCGGGCGCGUCCAGCGUGUACUGCGUGCUGGGCACGCCGCCACAGUGGCGCCGCUACUCGCGCCUCGUCUGGCGGCAGGGGCCCGCCCUACUGUUGGAGGACGUGUUACCAGCGCAAACGGUAUCAAUAAUAUACCAGCUAGGCCCACAUUAUGUGGGCACUUUACAAGCCCCAUUGCCCCCAGGUCCCAAUCAAGAACCCUUGCCUCCACUUGUCGCUGAAGAAAAAGUUGUAUUCGGAAUCAAUGCACGUGCUAUGUCACAAUUAACUCUUGCCAAGAUCCGAAAAGUGUACAGUAAAAAUGAUAAUAAAGCCAUAGCGAAGCAACUCGGCAUGUCUUCACACGAAAACGCAACGCCUAUAAGAAUUUUGCACAAUUCCGCAGGUCAUUUGAUGGGCCCAGCCAGAUGUUUGGGAGGGACUGUAGUGGGUUAUUUAGGUGUUAGAGUGUUCUGUUCCAAGCCUGCUGCUAUUAUGAUUGACACAGUCGGUGGCUGCUCGGUAUUAUUAGGUUUAAUAGCGAUGGCUCAGGAUGUCGAGUGUUUGUAUGCGGGAGUGAAAGCUCUAGUGUGCGUCGUACGGUCAAAUAAAUCCGCGCAGGCGGAGAUGGACCGCCGGAAAGGUUAUCAAACUCUCGCCAUGCUUCUGAGAAGGAAGAAGCAAUUGCUCAAUUCCCACAUACUACAUCUCAUAUUCGGAUUAGUCGGUACUGUUGACAGUCAAAAGGAAACCUCCUCUAUACCUAAUUUAACUGCAUUCCAGGAUUUAAUAUGUGAAUUGGAUGUAUGGCUGGGUGCCCCAGGCGGGUUGAUAAAAUCUCUACUAGAACAUUUAUUAGAACUAGCAACAGAAACAGCGCAUCGAACGCACAACUUACGCACAAUGAGGGAUUUGCAGCUAGUGUCUAAACUACUUUAUAUUAUAAACGAUGUUAAAAUCGUCAGCACAAAAAAUGUGCUCAUUCAGUUGCUAGCAGCAUUGUUGGGAGGACAACCUCGACCCAAUGAUUUAUUGUGCCUUGGCCAAUUUAUGGCGUAUACAUUACCUCUUCCAACGCAAACCGAAAAGGAUACAGUCCUAAAAGAGAGUGACUGUGAGAAAGAGAGCGAGGGUGAACAGAUAAUUUUGCGCAAUAAAUGUUUUAAUGUAUUACACGGCCUGUUGUUUACGGCGCGUAACCUGGUGAAUACGAUAGUGUGUGAAGAAAUAUCACGAGUGCUGGGGAUGGACUGGCUGCUUAUUUUUAUGCAGGAAAAUGUUCAUCCGAGUACAGUUUUAUGGGCUUUAAGAAUACUCGUUAUUUUGUGUUCGGGACAAGGUCAACCAUCAGCUAUAAUGCAGAGAUUUCGCGAGGGUGUCGGCAACGGGGGCUGGUUACGGCAUACGGAAGUGUCGUCUUCACCGCAGCAGGCUGGCGUGAUGGUCACCGCCACGCCGCACUCCAAUUCGCACUUACACACGUCGCUGCUUCACACUUCCGGAUUUGUACUACUUUCCUGGCUGGUGUCGGCGCACGUGCGCAUCCCGGAGUUGUACUACCUGUCGUUCGGGCUGGCGCUGGGGCAGCCGAUGCGCGCGGCGUGCGGCGAGCGCGGUGUGUCGGUGGAGCGCGUGUGGGCGGCCGCGUGGGGCGCCGCGGCUCCGGCGCGGCAGUCGUCGGCGGCGCUGGCGGCGCGCAUCUCUCUCUGCCCCGAGGCCGUGGCCGUGCUGCUGGCCGCCGCGCGCGCCCUCGUGCACGACCCGCAGCCCGACUGGCUCGCUGACCACCCCGUCGCCAUAGUACAGGUGUUAUUCUCACUGUACAACACAUUGCCUGACUUUGUCACCAUCAUGAUGACUUCCGAAGUUCUCACUGCAUUAGCCUCCACAUUGUUCCCACCAAACACCCCUGAUGAUAUCCAGAUGCCCAUUUGCGAGAGCGGCGAAAGUUCUGGUGCAUCAACGCCCGGAUCUGAGAAAGAAAUAAUCAUAAUGGGCAAUUCCGCCGGGUUAACGCAACACCCGGUCAGGCAAGGCGUCAUGGAUUUCCUGAAAGUCAUUGUCCUAGAUUCUUUAUCAAUUAGUGUGUCCGGAAAAGUUUCACCCAGCGCAGCACCAGCCACUGACUCAGUGCCACCAUCAAUGUUUUGUACGCCAUGUAGCCCCUGCUCCACGCCAAGAUCAUUCUUUUAUAGCGUCAUCGAUCUUGUUCUCGACGCAUCGCCAGCGAAUUCGACUAGUCAACAACAGAUUGAAUAUCAGACUGAAGUACUCACCACUUUAAUGGAAAACUUAUUAAAUACAGAAUUGUUUGGUUCCGAAUCUAAUAUAUCAAAUGUAUGCUAUUUAGCUGCGAGGUUAGUUGAUAAACUUUGGCAAGGGCAACUAUCCAGAGAUCCUCACGAGGUUUUCGAUUUUAUUGUGAAAUUAGUUACUCAGGCGAAAAAGAAAUCGUCAGUGAUAUCUCUAGAAGGACUGCACCAUUGUCUUAAUAGAACCAUAUUGUUCUUACUAUCUCGGUCUACAGAUUCUAUAGCUGAUCAAAUGUCAGUACUCGAGGCGUUACAUAAGCUAACCACCAAUAGGUUACUAAUUUUCGGUGCAGGAAAUCACGAACUAGAGUUCAUUGGAUGUCUAACAUAUUGCUUAGUACAGUUGAGCGCGAACAUGAAAAUAGCGCUAGACUCUCAUAUGCGCACAACAUGGCACGUGAAUCCCAGCGGAGACCUCGAGUCCAGGGACGAUAAGCUGACCACUCAUCAAGGUCGCAACCUGAUGGGCGGCGCUGCGCGGCGCGUGUGGGAGGAGCUGUACGCGUGCAAGAAGCCGGCCAUCGAGGAGGUGUUCAAGGUGACGCUGGCGGCGGCGGCCGCGCACGCGCGCGCGCCCGACCUGGCCGCCGUGCGGGAGCAGCUGCUCGACCAGGCGCACAGGCUCUGGCUCAACUACAUCGACGCCGAGCGCAAGGCGGUUUACCGAGUACCGUGGGAACUGCACAAUCAGAUACAGUCUAAAAUACAAAAGGUGACAGGAGGGCUGACUCGCCUAGCGUCCAGAACGAAGGUAAAGAAGGAGGAAUCGGCAAAGCAACGCCCACAUCCACCUCGGGAACAUGCCCUCGCAUACAUGCAGGAUCACGUGCAGCUGGUUAGACAAGCAUGGGCAAACGCACGCGCAGCAGCAGGCGUGACGGGAGCGCACACGUUGCGAGACGUUCGCGCCGAGUGGGCGGCCGCGUGGCGGGAACUUACACGUGAAAGGGCUCUUUGGGGCCCGCCCCGCGCCGCGCCCCUGCACAAGUGGCUGCUCGAUUCCACCGAAGGCCCGUGCCGCAUGCGUAAGAUGCUUCGCCGCAACCACCUCUUCUACCUGCACUACCCGUACCGCCCGCAUCUGCAACAUCCCGACAACAAACAACUCAAGUACAAAGUGGCUCAGAGUUUAGACAGCAAAGAAUAUUACAAGAUGUAUCAACAAUGGCGAACAUCUUCAACUAAUUUGGGGGAGAAUGACUUCAUAGACCCCGCUGAUUUGGAGACAUAUGAAGAGGAAGUUGCGAAUAACAGGGAUUCAUCAUUGGAUGUAGUCAACGAGGACGGCUCACCUUCGGACUUAGUCAGCAGUGGCGUGGUCAGCCGUGGUGUUAAUCAAACAUCUGGAGAAGCAAAUGAAGAUGGUCCUGACAAUGAAGAUGAGGAUGAGCCACCACAACCGCCGCCUGACAACCAAACUCUGUUACGACUACUAGAACAUCAUGAGAAGAUCUCUCACAUGUUCCGCUGUGCAAGAAUACAAGGUCUAGACACUACAGAAGGUUUAUUAUUAUUUGGUCGAGAACAUUGUUAUAUCAUUGAUGGUUUCACUUUACUCAAGAACAGAGAAAUUAGGGAUUUAGAUAGUUGUCCUGACGACUACGAACCUAUACUACCCAGUCAGGGCAUUCAAAGGAGCAAUCAACGGCAAUGCUCGAAAUUUUUAUAUGAGGACAUACGGGAAGUACACAAGAGACGAUAUUUGUUGCAACCGAUUGCACUGGAAGUUUUUUCAAGUGAUGGCAGAAAUUAUUUACUUGCAUUUCCGCGAAAAGUGAGAACGAAGGUGUACAGCCGGUUCACGUCGCUGGCGACGGGCAUGGCGGACAGCGCGGCGGGCUCCGUGGCGGGCCAGAAGCGCGGCGUGGCCGUCGAGCAGCCCGCCGGCCUGCUGGCCACGCUCAUCGGGGACACCUCCGUCACGCAGCGCUGGCUGCGGGGUGAAAUAUCUAACUUCCAAUAUUUGAUGCACCUGAAUACUUUGGCUGGACGAUCCUACAAUGACUUAAUGCAGUAUCCAGUUUUUCCAUGGAUACUAGCCGAUUAUGAUUCAUUAGAUCUGGACCUAACAGACCCGGCCACUUUUCGGGACCUAACUAAACCAAUGGGAGCUCAAAGUACAGACAGAUUGGAACAGUUCAGGAAAAGAUAUAAGGAAUGGGACGACCCACACGGGGAGACGCCGCCUUACCACUACGGUACCCAUUACUCAUCCGCUAUGAUCGUGUGCUCUUAUCUCGUGCGAAUGGAGCCAUUUACGCAGCACUUCCUGCGGUUACAGGGUGGACAUUUCGAUCUAGCUGAUCGAAUGUUUCAUUCCAUAAAAGAAGCGUGGAAUUCAGCAUCGCGACAUAACAUGGCUGAUGUUAAGGAACUCAUACCGGAAUUCUUUUAUUUGCCCGAAUUCUUGGUCAAUUUAAAUAACUUCGAUUUGGGCUGCAAGCAGUCGGGCGUGGCGCUGGGCGACGUGGUGCUGCCGCCGUGGGCGCGCGGCGACCCGCGCGAGUUCAUCCGCCUGCACCGCGCCGCUCUCGAGUCCGACUACGUGUCGCACCGCCUGCAUCACUGGAUCGACCUCGUCUUCGGCUACAAGCAGCAGGGCCAGUCCGCGGUCGAUGCCUGUAAUGUCUUCCAUCAUCUCUUCUACGAGGGCAACGUCGAUAUAUACAACAUUGAUGAUCCACUGAAGAAAACGGCCACUAUCGGAUUCAUAAACAAUUUUGGUCAAAUUCCAAAGCAGUUGUUUAAGAAAGCGCAUCCUAGCAAGAAAAUGUCACAGCGUAGUUCGACCAUUCUGGAUCCUAAUAAUAUCAUACCAUCGCAAGGAAUCACUCCACCAGAGAAGCUAUUUUUCCAUAAUUUGGAAAAUUUAAGGCCUUCUUUACAGCCUGUUAAAGAAGUGAAAGGUCCGGUUGGUCAAAUUCUCUACACGGAUAAAGCAAUACUGGCCGUGGAACAGAACAAGGUGCUAAUGCCUCCGUCGUACAAUAAAUAUGUGGCGUGGGGCUUCGCGGACCACUCCCUCAGGAUUGGUAACUACGACAACGAUAAAGCGGUGUUUGUGUGCGAGACGGUCGCGCAGGCUUGCGGCGAGAUUGUUACCUGCGUGUGUCCGUCUGCUAAGACCAUCGUUACCGCGGGCACUAGUACGGUGGUGACUGUGUGGCAGUACUGGGCGCGGCGGCGGCGGCUGGCGGUGAAGGUGUGCCUGUACGGGCACGAGGAGGCGGUGACGUGCCUGGCGGCCAGCCCCGCCUACAACCUGGUGGUGAGCGGGUCCCGCGACGGGCAGGCCAUCGUGUGGGACGUGGAGCGCGGCGCGUUCGUGCGCCAGCUGCUGCCGCCGCACGCCGCCGCCGGCCCGCCGCGCGUGCCCGUCUCCGCGCUCGCCAUCGACGACCUCACGGGCGACAUCGCGACGUGCAGCGGCAGCAGCGUGUACGCGUGGUCCAUCAACGGCGAGCUGGUGGGCGCGGCCGACACGGGCGGCGGCCGCGAGCGCUCGCACCAGGUGCUGUGCGUGGCCUUCAGCCAGACGCGCGAGUGGGACCCGCUCAACGUCAUCCUCACCGGCUCCAGCGACGGCGUCGUCAGGAUGUGGUCAAUAGAUUAUGUGGCAGAAACGGUGGAAGAUCAAAAUGAGAGUUUAGAAGCUGUUAGUCUAGAUCCUGAACCUACCUCGAUAGAUAUAGACAAAGAUUUAGAUGAACAUAAACUUUCUGUGCAAGAUAGUGAAGACACUAAGUCAGAAUAUGACGCGAAAUCCGAGAGUGAAAUAAAAACCGAAGAUAUGGAGCAAACUGACCGAGAAGCAGCUAUAAAACGGGUAGAAGAACUAGUGAAACAAAUGAGUUUAUCUCAUGAAAAUGAAGGAAAUCUCACUAAAUCAGGAUCGGAAAGUUCUUUAUCUGAUGCAUGUGAGACCACGAGUGCGAAAGAAUCCGCUCGGCGGCACGAGGAGAAGGAUAUUUGUAGUGAUAAUGAAGAUCCACAGUAUUCGGAGGAGAAGGAAGACAAUAUAGACUCGUGCGACGAAGCGAAACAAGAAUAUGAUAACGAGAAAGACUUAGAUAUCGAAAAGGACACUAUAAAUAGGAGUAAACUACAGAAGCAAGGGAAUGUCGUGCUCAGGAGAAAAUCAAAGGGGAAUCCCUUGUAUCGUAAAAGUGGCGGCAGUAUCGGCGAGUCGUCGGAGUCUGGUUCGCUAGAGGGCGCGGCGGUAGUGCAGGUGGGCUGCGGGGUGAGCGGGGCGGGCGGGGGCGCGGGCGAGGGCGGGUUACGCGCCAGCAAGUCGGACACGAGCCUCACGGACUCGUUCGUGCUCGUGUCCGCGCCCGCCUCGCCCGCCGCCACCUCCUCUACUACGCGGCAAGCACGCACCAACGCACAAGGGCAAGCCGAUGCAGGCGUGUGUGCGGAGACGAAGUGGCGUCGUCGGCUGGUGCUGCGCGGCAAGCUGACGAUGCACACGGCGUUCGAGCGGCGCGACAACGCGUGCCCCGCCGCCGUCACCGCGCUCGCGCCCGCGCGCUCCGGCCGCGGGCUCGCCGUCGGCGACGCGCGCGGACGGAUAUUCCGUUGGUCGGUUCCGGACAUGUCGAGUUCUUCUGGAGCGAAGGGUGGUCCAGCGGACCACUGGAUACGUGACGAUACAGCUCCUUACUGCACUCAGUGUCAGGUGCGGUUCACGGCCCUGGAGCGGCGUCACCACUGCCGCGAGUGUGGCGCCGUGUUCUGCGGACGCUGCUCUCGGUACGAGGCGCCCGUGCGCCGCCUGCGCGCGCUGCGGCCCGUGCGCGUGUGCCAGCGCUGCCACGACCACAUCCACGCCGCCAAGCAGUAGCACGCGACGCCCCAAAACUCACACUACUCCACGCUCCGUGCCCGCACACUCCCCUCACUUCGAUCCCCCGUCCAAUUUAAAUGGGGAUCGACAUUACGACGCCCUGAGCCGAGGUUAGAAUCGAGUCGUAUCCGUAAGGCGGAAGUUGACUUCCAG